AUUUUGAAAAUAUGCGCUGGACUUUUAUGAUAAAAAUAAAAGGUUCGAGUCUCCACUAAACAGUGCCUGAAUUGGCCUGAACGUCACACUCGUCACCUGUUCCAAGAUUAUAACCAACAGCAAAAUGUAUCGCGCAAAUACUCGCGGAGCGUACACUUUGUAGCAGAAUGGCCAGCCGCAAAGGGGAAACAUGGAUGAACUUCGCCAGAAUUGUCUCGAUGGAAGACAAGCCGCCUCUAUGAAUCAAACGUCGAUGACGAUCUCGGAGCAAUUCAGGAAGUCGUGGUUGACAGCUAUAAUCGGUUCCAUUAUGUUCGCUACCGGAAUGUGUCUUCUGUUUUGGAACGAGGGAAGAGCUGUCAAAGUCGCGCAUUCCUUAGACGAGGCUUUGCACAAUGUGAUCGUGCUUCCUAAUUCGAUGAUGCUGUCACCUGAAUACGAGGGCCGCUUGAUACACUUGUCAGGCGCUUUGCAGAUCUCCGAACCAUUGACUGAGCCAGAUUAUGGAAUUGUUAUGACAAGCGUGAAGCUGAAGAGGAGGGCUCAGAUGUAUCAAUGGGUCGAAAUCGAGGAAGAGAAGAGUUUUGGUGGAAUAGCGGAGGAUGAGAAACACUAUUAUUACACAACAGAAUGGAAGGACAAGCUCGUGGAUUCGGAUCAUUUCUAUAUUCGUGCUGGUCAUCACAAUCCAAAAGAAAUGCCAAUUAGAAGUCAGGUGCAGAUCGCAGAAGAAGUGAAGAUCGGCGCUUUCACGCUCGGUAUAGAAUUGAAGAAGAAAUUUACUGACUUUGUAGAAAUCACCAGUGACGAGAGACCAGAGCAAAAGAACAUUAAAAUGCACUCUGGAUUAUAUUAUCACAGCGCAGAUUUGUGGAAUCCACAAGUGGGAGACAUCAGAAUACAAUUUUCCUACGCGGGUAAAAGCGGAGAUGUUUAUUCAGUAGUUGGCAUGCUGGAAAAAGAUACCAUUAAGCCAUAUUACACAUCUCACGGUGAAGAGAUCUUGCUUCAACGAAGACAUAAAAUGUCAGUGGAUCAGAUGUUCCAUUUGGAGCAUGUGCAUAAUUACUGGCGAACCUGGACUGUCAGAGGACUCGGGUGGCUGGUUUUGUUUGUGGCGGCAUCGUGCUUAGCAAAUAUACUGAAGACAAUUAUAUUAAAUUCGACGUUCCUUUGCGGCAUAAUAGCAGUCGAGUCUCUGACUAUGUCGGUCUCUAUGUCAAUCAGUUUAUUAGUGAUCGGUUUCGCUUGGGUAUGGUAUCGACCAGUCAUUGGUUUUUGUUUAGCAUUAGCGUCCAUUUUGCCAUUUAUUUACUCGAUAUUGACGUCCGGUUCAUCUCAAGAACGUAAUAAUUAUAGAAGAUUAUAGAUUACAUUCAGAUUUCUUCCAAGAUAUUUAUCUUAAGAUACAAUAAACUUAAUUUAUUACUUAAUUUAUUCAAUGUAUAUAUGUGUAGAAACAAUGUGAUUUAUUCACUUUUGUCGCAUUAACUAACUUUCUGCUAUAUAUUAUUAGAACAUAUUUGUUACAUGUAUAUUAUUUAGUGCUGUAAAGGAUUGAAUUCUUUAUUUCUGAAAGCGCCAUCCAAAUAUAUGUGAAUGACAUGACAUUUUAUAAAAAGCACCAAUCGAGUUCAAUGAUGUCUUAUGGUAAAAGAUAUCAAUUAUAUUAAAAAAAUGCCAAAAUUGUGCCAAAUGGUUUCCUUUGAGAGUUUUUCAAUAAGAUUUAAUAAUGUUAUUUGUAUAAGAAUAAUACGUCGCAAUCAGCGUGUCAAUGUCAUUAUCUUUGAGUAAUUUUCUCUGGAAUGUUGGUAUUCACCACUAGUCA